GCCGGCGGCGGCUGAGGCUGGCAGCUUGAGAGGCGGUUAAUUGCGCUCCCGCUCUCCCAAGAUGGCGGCCGCUAAGGAUGAUGGUGGUUCCGGAGAAAUGGCUGCGGGGAACGGACGGCGGCUCCACCUGGGUAUUCCUGAGGCCGUGUUUGUGGAAGAUGUAGAUUCCUUCAUGAAGCAGCCUGGGAAUGAGACUGCUGAUAUCGUACUAAAGAAGCUGGAUGAGCAGUACCAGAAGUACAAGUUUAUGGAACUCAACCUUGCUCAAAAGAAAAGGAGGCUAAAAGGUCAGAUUCCUGAAAUUAAGCAGACUUUAGAGAUUCUAAAAUACAUGCAGAAGAAAAAAGAGUCCACUAGCUCACUGGAGACCAGAUUCUUACUGGCAGAUAACCUGUAUUGCAAAGCUUCAGUUCCUCCUACUGAUAAAGUGUGUCUGUGGCUGGGGGCUAAUGUAAUGCUCGAGUAUGAUAUUGACGAAGCUCAGGCCCUGUUGGAAAAGAAUUUAUUGACUGCAACGAAGAAUCUUGAUUCUCUGGAGGAAGACCUUGACUUUCUUCGCGAUCAAUUUACUACCACCGAAGUCAAUAUGGCCAGGGUUUAUAACUGGGAUGUAAAAAGAAGAAACAAAGAAGAUUCUGCCAAGAACAAAGCAUAAUGCUGGCAAUUAAAAACGUGGUUCAGUUUUCCAAACGUUAUUUUAAAUACCCCAAAGUUUAUCCUUAAAAGUUGACAUAAUUUUGAAUGAUUUUUAAGAGUAAGAAUGAUAAUUAAAUCUUUAAAAUAGGUAAACACCAUUUUAUUUAUUUAUAAAAACAAAAGUAGUUGCAAAUAUUUUAUGAAAUUAGCAGUAUUUUUAUUUUUUUUUGCCUUUCCAGCAGAUCAAAUGCUGCUUUUGUAAUUUUUUUUUUGUUUGUCAUAAGAAAAGUCUUAGCUGAAAUGACUUAAAACCCAGGUAUGUGCUGUGAAACUGAAUUCUGCACACUUUAGCACAGAUUAAUUUUUCUUUUAAUUAGCUGAUGUUACUCUCACUUGAUGUGGUCGAGCCAGUUUAGAGGUAGGAAAAAGUCAGUUCGAAUAUUUGCAAAAUCGUUUUUCUUUAGUACAUGUGGGGCUGUAUGGCCCUCUGCUGCUGUUAUUUGUCUUAUGUAAGUGGAGUGUCAUGAAUUACUGCUUAGCCAAUAAGUAUCUAUUACAAUAUUCUGUACUUUUCAGGAAAUGCUAAUUUCCCUUCCGAAACAGUAAGAGGGCUAUUGAGACAACACUUUUUCUUACCCUGUUUAAGUGCACAGUGUCCUUGCAAUGCCAACAUAAGGGAGAUUUGAGCCAACAUGGAAUAACAAAAUUACUCCCUCAAAACUCUUGGCUUAAAGCGAUUAUGUAUUUCUUAACAGUUCUCCAAAGCAGCUGAACAGGAAUAUUAAGUAAAUAUAAAUCUGCAAUGGUUGAAAAGGCCCGCGAGCUUUUUUAUUUAUGUUAAAACCUCAUAGGAAUAGUAGAAAGUCUACAUGGAAAGCCAUCAGUAUUGUGGCUGCUCUUGGGUGCUGCAGAUUCUGGUAAAAACGCAAAUAUUAUUCCAUUUCCAUGUAGUUAAGAGUAUACUUGUAUAACGUUUUGUAGUUGUAUUUCAUGAUAUUAAAACAGUGAAGUUAAAA